GCUUACACAACAUUUCUCCUAACCCAAAACACACAAACUUAGUAAACCAAAAACUAGUUACAUGGGAACCGCCGACCACGUGGACCCGUACGCCGGCCACCGCGUGGAGAUCCCGCCUCCGCAGCCGUUCUCGGAGUCCCUAAAGAACACACUGAAGGAGACAUUCUUCCCCGACGACCCCCUCCGCCAGUUCAAGAACCAGCCACCACGUCGGAGACUCAUCCUCGGCCUGCAAUACGUGUUCCCGAUCAUCGAGUGGGGCCGCCACUACACCCUCGAGUUCUUCAAGGCCGACCUCAUCGCCGGAAUCACCAUUGCCAGCUUGGCCAUUCCUCAGGGAAUCAGCUAUGCCAAGCUCGCCAAUUUGCCACCCAUUCUUGGCCUUUAUUCGAGCUUUGUUCCACCGUUGAUUUACGCGGUAAUGGGGAGCUCGCGGGACUUGGCCGUUGGCACGGUGGCCGUGGCAUCACUGCUCACGGCGUCCAUGCUUGGGGAUGCCGUGGACGCGCAACAAGAUCCGCAGCUUUAUGUCCAUCUUGCCUUCACCGCGGCUUUCUUCGCUGGCCUCUUUGAAACGGCAAUGGGCAUUUUCAGGCUGGGAUUCAUAGUGGAUUUUCUGUCGCAUGCAACGAUAGUAGGGUUCAUGGCCGGAGCGGCGACGGUUGUGAUUCUGCAACAACUGAAAGGCGUUUUAGGGCUUGAACAUUUUACUCAUAAAACUGACGUCAUCGAUGUCUUGCACUCUAUUUUCACUCAAACUCACCAGUGGAGAUGGGAAAGUGCUUUAUUGGGAUUUGUCUUCCUAUUCUACCUCCUAAUUUCGAGAUAUUUUAGCAAGAAGAGGGCAAAUCUAUUCUGGAUAUCAGCAAUGGCUCCAUUAACAUCAGUGAUAUUGGGAAGCCUUCUUGUGUACCUGACCCAUGCCGAAAAGCACGGAGUGCAAGUGAUAGGACAUUUGAAAAAGGGAAUAAAUCCAGCUUCAUUUAUGGAUCUCAACUUUGAUUCAAGAUAUCUGCCUAUAGCAAUCAAGACUGGCAUCAUCACUGGCAUCAUUUCAAUGGCUGAGGGGAUGGCAGUGGGGAGAAGCUUUGCCAUGUUCAAGAAUUACCACAUAGAUGGCAACAAAGAAAUGAUUGCUUUUGGAAUGAUGAACAUUGUUGGUUCUUGCACCUCUUGCUACCUUACCACAGGGCCGUUUUCUCGAUCGGCUGUGAACUUCAACGCGGGAUGCAAGACGGCAGUGUCGAACAUAGUGAUGGCGAUUGCGGUGAUGGCAACACUACUUUUCCUGACGCCGUUGUUCUACUACACGCCGUUGGUGGUGCUAGCGGCCAUCAUUAUGGCGGCGAUGCUAGGGCUCAUUGACUACGAGGCAGCCAUGCAUUUGUGGCACGUCGACAAAUUUGACUUCCUCGUCUGCAUGGCCGCCUAUGUAGGUGUCGUCUUCGGCAGCAUUCAGAUUGGACUCGUUCUCGCCAUUGGACUUUCGGUAUUGAGGGUUUUGCUAUUCAUAGCAAGACCAAGAACAUUAGUUCUUGGAAACCUUCCUGAUUCCAAGGUUUACAGAAACGUCCAUCAUUAUCAGAAAGCACAGACAGUGCCCGGAAUUCUCAUUCUUGAAAUCGAUGCUCCCAUUUACUUUGCCAAUUCCAACUAUUUGAGAGAGAGGAUUUCAAGAUGGAUCGACGAGGAAGAGGAAAGGAUCAAGUCCUGCGGUGAUACAGGAUUGCAACACGUUGUGCUCGACAUGAGUGCUGUGGGAAACAUUGAUACAAGUGGGAUUAGCAUGAUGGAUGAGAUUAAGAAGAUUAUUGAUCGAAGAGGGCUCAAGUUGGUGUUGGUGAAUCCAGUUGCAGAAGUGAUGAAGAAGCUUGAAAAAUCGAAAUUUCUGGAAACAUUAGGAAUGGAAUGGAUCUUCUUAACAGUGGAGGAGGCUGUGAGAGCAUGUAGUUACAUGCUUGACUGCAAACCACAAGAUUCUGAAAAAUAUACCAAUAUUGUUUGAGUGCAUUGAAUACCCAAACCAUGCUGUAUAUGUAUCUAUUAGAUCCUUGGCUAAUCAAUUUCACAAGUCAACAAGUUUAGAUGUCAUAAAUUUCAUUAAUAUA